AUGCCAGAUAUUUUUGUGGAAUCGUGGAUUCUUGGCACCGUAAGGGACUUCAAGCUCUCGCCGCAGUCAUCCCCCCUCUGCGUCCGCCCCGCCGCCCACCUGUUCGACGCCAACUACCUGGCCAAGUACACCAAAGCCAUCGAGCUCAUAAGGGCGAAUGUCCACUGCGCUUACUGCCACAGCGCCUAUGAGCAGAUCGGCUUCCCCGACUUGGAGAUCCAAGUCCACAACUCGUGGCUCUUCUUGCCGUGGCACCGCUUCUACCUCUACUUCUACGAGAGGAUCCUUGGGAAACUCAUCGACAACGAGACCUUUACACUUCCCUUCUGGAACUGGGGCGCGCGAGCACUGGAGGGCAUCCAAAUGCCCUCCAUCUACAUUAAAAAGUCUUCAUCACUCUAUGACAAGUUACGCAUAGCCUGGCACCAUCCGUCGGCCCUUGUUGACCUCGACUUCAACAGGGAUGACCCUGGCUUGCCCUAUGAGCAACAAGUCGACCGCAACCUCAAGAUCAUGUACCACCAGGUGAUCUCCAGAGGCAAGAUGUCGUUUCUGUUCAUGGGCUCGCCGUACUGCGCCGGCGACAAGACCACCGAUGACGACAGGUCUUUGGAGAAAGUUCCAUAG